UCCAUGGAAGCAGUUCCAGCAACAGCAGAGAGUUCCAACUCAGAGAACACUAAUAGCUCAGCAGCAGCAGCAAUCUCAUCCUCUUCCUCUACAACAACUCCAGUCUCUCCAAGCCGAUAUGAAAACCAGAAACGUCGAGACUGGAACACUUUCGGACAAUACCUAAGAAACCAUAGACCUCCACUCUCACUCUCAAGGUGUAGUGGUGCUCAUGUCCUUGAAUUCUUAAGGUACCUUGAUCAAUUCGGUAAGACUAAAGUCCAUACUCAAAUCUGCCCUUUCUUUGGACAUCCAAAUCCACCUGCUCCAUGCCCUUGUCCUCUCCGACAAGCUUGGGGAAGUCUUGAUGCACUCAUCGGUCGUCUUCGAGCUGCUUUUGAAGAACAUGGUGGGAAACCUGAAGCUAACCCAUUUGGUGCUCGUGCUGUUAGGCUUUACUUAAGAGAGGUUCGUGAGUUACAAGCUAAAGCAAGAGGGAUUAGUUAUGAGAAGAAGAAGAGAAAGCGUCCACCUCAACAACAACAACAACAACCACCCCCUCCUCAAUUGACACUUCCAUCACCAAAUUCUUAA